AUGCCGGCUGUCUCUAGCAAAACCAGCAUGGAGGUGAGCUUUUCGGACUUAAAAUUACGUUUUUCCCUUCGGAAACCGCGUAGAAAGAGGGUAAAACAUGAUGAGAGUCAGAGCGCAUAUUUCUGUUGGGUCGCUCUGUUAUAAACACCCGCUGCAGGCUGCCGUUGUCCGCCCGAGUGGUCGAGCGGUGCGCGCUCUCGGACGCCAUUUGAAAACGGCACGAGUUCGUGCCCGCGCGGGGAAUCGGUGAUUUUAUAUCCAGUUCUGCUACUGAAUGAGUGUGAAGAUUAACUUUCCCCGUAUGAGAUCCCUUUUUGCAGAAAUUCCUCCGACGAAUCGCUCCUCAAGCCAUCAUCCUGCUCAUUCUCGCGGCAUUCAUGAGUCUUGGUGCGGUUAUCUUUCGAAAGAUCGAUCCAUCUCUGGCAGAGGAGCCAUUCUACAAAGUGUUGUUCUUCGAAUUCAUCACAAUUUCCACAAUCGGAUACGGAAAUCAAUUCCCACAAACUGCCGCCUCGAAGGCCUUCGUCAUCGGUUUCUCGCUCAUCGGAAUCCCUCUGCUUAUUGUGACUCUCGGAAACUUUGGAAAGUAUUUGACGAAGUUCUACUGGAAGGCACAAGGAUGUCUGUUCAAGACAAGUACGGAACGGCAAUUGGUGAACGACAGGGACCUUCCGUUCCCAGUUAUUCUCACCCUCUACGUGCUCACUUUCUUCAUCGGUUUCUUCUUUAUUCCUCACUCCGGGGCUGCGUAUUCUGUCGAUGAUUACUAUUUCAGGUGAGCGGAAACAAUUGGCGGUCCAUGCUCAUUUCAAAUUCUUUCAGUUUCAUCAGCUUCGCCACAGUUGGAUUCGGGGACAUGACUCCUGACAUUGGCACUUUUGAAAAGUUUCUGAAAGUGAGCGCCUAUCUGGUGUGGGGGACCAUCCUGAACAUCAUUCUCAUUUCCUAUCUCACCAACUGUUUCAGUCAGGUAAUUGUGGUUUUUGAGAAUGGAUAAUCAUUUCCAUUUUUUCCAGAUGAUCACCCGUCAACCAUUCCUCGGAAGAGACGUGGAGGUCGCCAUCGGAGGACAGUUCAUUACCGUAUCCGAGAUCACUUCCCUUGUGGCCAAACAGUUCCACGCGUCUCCCCACGAAGUCCGUUCAAUGCUCCACGAGAUCGAUGACAUGAUGGACGAGAUGCAGAAGAAAGAGGAGAGCGACCAAGGAUCGGAUAUCAUAGUACAGUAA